CUACACACAUCACAAUGAAAAUCGCAAUAACAACGUUAACAGCGGUCGCUAUAACUGCAACAGCGCCCAUGCAUAUGCAUACGCGCACACACUGCAACAGACCUUUAAGACGUUAAAACGCGCAACGCGUAAAAUUUUAAAUGUCGCAAAUGAUUCAUGGCACAAAAAUCCCCGCCAUGGCCCCAACAGACCGACCACCGCCCUCCAACCCAGUACCAUCGCCGCCAUCACCGCCGUCACCACUGCCAAUAGUGUCCAUCAAGCGACGCAAACAACAAAAUAUUGACGAACCUCACUCUAGCCAGCCAACAGCUGCUGCUGCCGCCGCCACCACUAGUCGCCAAAAUUCAAGCAGCCGCCAGCCAAAUGCCAUCAUCAGCCAUAAAGCGCCGCUGAUCGGAUGGCGAUCGCUGGCAAUUGCAGCAUAUUGA